CUUACAUCUUGACUACUUACACUCUGGUACUCCGGUCGCCCUGUGGUCGUCCGACAAAAAAAUUGGCUGUUCUGUUUUCUCUGUGCGGCCGUGGCCUGUAAAGGGCCUUUCUUGCAUCUUUGGUACAAAAGAUGGCAUCGACGGCGAGCAUACCACCAUACGUGCUGCCCCCAGGAGUCCCCGUCUGCCAGCCUCCUCACCUCGAGGGAGAUGCUUCUCUUGCGACCGAAAUUCUGCCAGGACCGCCUCCUCUGGGCCAUAUCCAGCAGCCAAUGACGAACAAGAAGUCAUCUACAAUGUACUCGUCCCUCUGGCCCGAUGAUCCUGGCACUACCUACUCUGGCAUCGUCCAUGGCACCUUGAUAGGCCAGGAGUCCAUGGACAUCCUGAAGACUCGUGUCAGGGUGGAUAAAAGCGCUGUCACUGGCCGCGCCCAGCGUGCAUCUGCUCGCAACAAUAACAACAACAGUGCUCCCACCACCGACCCUUCUGAGCCUGUCCAAGCACACUCGCCGCCCCAUUCGCCGCCAUCGGCCCCGGGAGCGGAUUGGCCCAUGGCCGGAAUCGACGACGACAUGCCCGUGUUGUCCCGUUCUGCUUCAUCCCAAAACUUGCAGGACCUCCCUUCGACGAGCACGAAUGGAAGGCUGAAGAGGAAGGACAAAGGGAAGGGCAGGGAAAUAGAGACGUCUGCUGUCAGAGUCAAGGAGGAGCCCCCCAUGAUAUCUCUGCUUUCGCCUGAACCAGGACAUCUUAUGACCAACCAAGACCACUGCUCUGCCUGUCGCCAGCUGGGCAAACUCGUGUACUGCGAUGGCUGUCCUAGGGCCUUUCACCUCUGGUGUCUCGAUCCGCCGAUAGAGAGCGUCGAUGAGGGUGAUAGCAGAUGGUUUUGUCCAGCAUGUAACAUUCGCAAGGAUCCACCUAAAAAACCACCCGCUUCCCUUAUAUCUCCCCUUAUCCAUCUGGUCGAUACCUCUAUACCCUCAGAAUUCCAGCUCCCUGCCGACGUUCGAACGUUCUUUAAGGACGUCGCAACUGGUGACCGGGGGGCUUACGUUGAUAGCUCAGAGUUAAAACCACCACGGCUCAAUCGGCAUGGUCAAUUAGAAGAUCGCGAUUCUUAUCGAUUAAAGGACAGGAACGGAGCUCCUGUUCUCUGCCAUCGUUGUGGCACCUCUGCUCUUCCUGACAACGUAGCGGCCGCUGCACCAGCUGCAAAGCGUGCUCGAAGAUCCACAUCGAAAGGUGCACACUACGAGAUGUGGAAACAUAUUGUCUCUUGCGAUUACUGUGAUUUGCACUGGCAUCUAGAUUGCUUGGAUCCUCCUUUAUCGACAAUGCCACCUUUUACUAAAAAGUGGAUGUGUCCUAAUCAUGCAGAACGAAUCCUUCCUUCCCGACAUCGAAUACCGAAGCACAAUGCGCCUCCCAUCGAAAUCACGAAGCCCAGGCAGUUUAACAACGGCAAUAUAGAGGUCAUUCCGUCUCAGCUUCCAUCAACAGCCAUAUCACAUUCCAAAGUCAACGUGGACGAAGUUCUGAUAAACGGACGAAGAUAUCGGGUUCCCGAGCGUAUCAUCUUGUUGGAUUUCUGGAGUAAGGUUAAUAAAACUGCCGCCUCGGGAGAUGUAGAAGAUAGUUCUCGAAUGUCGUCGCCGCUGACGUCUUUGAGCUCCUUGGACGAUCCUGAGGAGAGGCCUGAUUCAUCCCAUCUCGAAGAUAUAGCAAUAGCGCAGAUGCUUUGCGACUUCCGGCUGGGAACUACGGGAAGCGAUCCGCAGCCCUCCGCCUCGACUAGCCUGAAACGCCCAGAGAUUACCGGGAAGAGUGAGCCCAGGGCUGUUGGUAGACCUCGUGUCAUAAAGAAAAUCCCGAGAAAUGUGAAUGGUGCAAGUGCGUCAGCAUCUACUGCUAAGCGGAAAAAGUCAGCGUCUGUCACUGCGGACCCAAGCGCUCGGGAGUUACGGUCUACAAGGACAAAGAAUGGGGCUCCGUCAAAGAGCUCCAGUCGAUUGCCCGAAGAUGUCGUUGAUUCAGUGGACCCACUUCCAGAUCCUAUCGCCCCGCCGAAAGCUACGAAGACCGUUCGUGUGAAGGUGGAAGACACUGAUGGGAGCUUGUCCGCAUUGAGUAGGACGAACGGGUCUACCGUUAAGACCCAAGCCACACGCACAAGAGCUAUACGACGACCGCCCGCCAAGGACGAAGACGUUGUCAUUACCGAGAAACCUAAGCGAGGUAGGAAGCGACAGCGAGCGGACGAGGACGGUGAUGACGAUGGAGACCCUACUUACCAUGGUCCUAAAGGGAAAGCGGUUAACAAAUCAGCUUUACCUUCGAAGAGCCGAAGGAAGUCAGCCCGUACACCUACGCAUCCCGGGUCAAUUUCUGCUCCUCCGCAGUCCGCGAUGCCUAGCUCCUCCGCCACUCCAGGGACACCUUCACUAAAAAUUCGACUGCCUCGACUGAAUACACUGAAUCCCCCGUCUGCUGGAGCCCAUAAUGAAGACACGUCUACCCGUGUGUAGCACGUUGCUGGUUGGGACUCGCUUCCGUUGCAUUUUCUUCUUCCGCUUCACUGAUACUCAUGAUUAUUUAUUGCCUAAUCAUUGCAAGAUUCAUUGUCAUCCGCUCUUUUACCUUGAUCUCUGCGAACGCCACAAGUUUACGAUCACUCGCAAUUACAUAGAUGUAGUUCACACAAUAUCU